AUGGCACCUUAUGCUCAUCUGGCGGUUUAUAAAGUAUGUUUUGGUCUAGAUUGGCCAGAGAGUGACAUCUUGACCGGGCUUGAUGUUGCAGUAGCUGAUGGAGCUGAUGUGAUAUCAAUUUCUAUUGGAGAAGAAAACAUGACUUUUUUUCAAGACAACAUUGCAAUAGCCUCAUUUGCAGCUAUCCAAAAAGGAAUAUUUGUGAGUUGUGCAACAGGGAACUCAGGUCCGUUCAAUGGCACUGCAACAAAUAUAGCUCCAUGGGUUCUAACAAUUGGUGCUAGCACAACUGAUAGAAAAAUCAAAGCCACAAAAAACUAG